ACAAACGUCAAAAUUACGUAUUAAAUUUAUGUUCUAAAAACAAUUAAUUAUAACGACACUUCAAAUGUGUUAAGAAGAGUAAAAAAGUAUGCAUAAACAUUUAAGCGACUAAAUAUAGUUGGUCGAUGGUUUGUCGUCUUGGUGAUGUAUUAUAAACAAAGUCAUUAUACCGGCAAAAACGCAUGAAAAUACGGUGAAAACAAUAUUUUCUUAAGAUCAAUAAAUUAUGAGAAGUUCAUGUGAAAGACAAAUCAAAUACGCUUAGAAGUGUCUGUGUCACUGUCGAAGUCGAAUGUACGCGUUCAAAGCAUCAUUAUUAAAAUAUGUAGAUAAAUUUAAAAUUGUCUGGCAUGUCUAAAGACGUACUAAAUAAAUGUGGAACAGAUAAUCAAAAGUCAAAACCUUUGCCAAACAACCAUACAGAUAAUCAAGAUGAUAAAAAAUUAUUGUCAAAAAAAGGAUGGUUGCAAAAAGAUUCCAAUUUCAAUAAAACCGAAACAGAUAAUAAUUGUAGUACAGAAGUGAUUUCUCGUUCUAUUAAUAAGCUUUUAAAAAAUGAAAAAAAAUCUAGACCCACAGCGAACCCGACUAAAGUAUGUUUAAAACCAGAAGUCUUACAUGAAUCUAAAGAACAGUUUGCACAAAGAAUAAAACAGGCAUGGAUCGAUCGGGAACAGUCAAAAUCGUGUAUAAAUAUUUAUCUGGCUAGAAAUGUUAUCGAAGACCCUUUGAUGGAAUCUAUAGAGGAUGCACAGGAGUCUACAAUACAAGUAGAGGAAAAAGACUCUUGCAGAACCGCGUUGGAAGUGCAACUCCAGAACCAUGUAGGAGAAGGUGAAAAUUCACCAGAUGACUCUAGUGAGGAGGAAAAACCUCUUUCGGCUGCCGCGAGAAGAGUUAGAUUUUACAAGACUGCGAAACAACAACAGAAUGAAAGACAAACUUUGACCAGAGCAAUGUCGGCGCCUUCGUCGAGGCAACAAAUCGUAAAUUCUACACAGGGACUUUAUUCGACAAGUUCACGAAGAAAAUCACAAGAUGUUCAUAAAUUCUCGACCAGAAAAUUAAAAUCUUGUAGAAGUAAAGCUUUUCAUAAAAGUAUUGAUGUAGAUAGUCGUCUGCCAAAUGGUCAAAAGUUUGGUAAAAGGAAUCAAAAUGUUGAAGUAGUAACGAUGAUGUCACUUUUAAGUCCAGUUGGAAGCGAUGUAGAGGAAUCACUAACACCUGAUGAUGUAUCCACAAAAUCCGUUACAUUUCCUCAGUUUAAUAACAGUAUGCGUUAUCAUCAAAAAUCAUUUGAUAGUGCAAUGACAUCGAUUGGAAAACCAAAACUUCUUAACAGUCGUGUUGGAAAAUCGUUGAUGAAAUCAAGAACAAUAGAGAUAUCAAGGGAUGAUGAAGAUGACGGGCCAGUUGUAAAAGAAGUCGUAAUCUCCAAACUCGGCGACGAUGAUGACGACAAUGAAACACUGCAUAACAAAGAAAUCGCACAGAUCGACGUUCGCUACGACGUACUCGACGGCCAACCGAUGCUCAAAUCCGACAAAGAGAAAGAAUGUUGGGCUCUUUUCAAGAAAAUGACGGCUAAAGGAGUGUCCGUCACUUUUGAUACCGUAUUGAGGUUCGAGGAAUGUUAACACCGACUGAAUAUAGACUGAGAAAAAACGAACUCUUGUUAUUUGGAUAAAAAUACGCAACAUGCAUACAUUUUACGUAUUACCUACCUAGUACCUACCUAUAUUAUAUUGAUAUCGUUUAAAAUGUUAUUGGAGUCAUCGCCCACUACGAAGUUCCUAUACAUAUUAUAUAAUAUUAUUAGCUUGGAUGUACCGAUUUAUGUCGUCGUCGUAUAGGCUUAUUUAUACUAUGUGGUAAUAACAAUGUUCGUGUACUAUAGCUAGGUUUAGGGCCUGCUGAACGGGGUAAAAAGAGAACGAAAAACGUCAUUGUGAAUAUAAUAUUAUUGUAACAUUGUUUGAUUAUUCAAGUUGUUUUAUAACAUUGUUAAAUUAUCUGAUGUCAUCGUAGGCCCUAUAAAUAUAAUAUUAUAAUAAUAUUUGUUUAAUCAUCCUAGGAGACACUUAAGGCAAAGUAUAAUAGAAAAAAAAAAUGUAAUAAGACGCAUUAUAAGCGAUCAUAAGUACGCCCGCUAAUAUCAACAUUAAUAAGCAAGCACCUCCACGGAGACACUUAAAUUAUAUUUCUAUAUACUUACGCAUGGCUGUUAUUACAUAUUAAACUUAAAUUCGCGUAUUAUUAUAUUUUAAUAUAUUAUAUAAAGUUGUACGCCAGCUAUAAACAUAUAUUUAUAGGUACCUAGGCUGCAUCGUGAUGAUGAUGAUAAUAAUAAUAAUGGUAGCGUUUGCCUUACCUAUACUACCUGUACCCAUAAUAUACAUUAACACUACACCGGUACACCAUGCAGGUUUUCGAGACAUAAAACGAUCGGAGUGAUGGUGGGAGAGCAGUGAAAAUAACGCAUACGUAGUCCGACGACGGUCUAGCGGUCGCAGAACUAUACAUGCAGAAGUGGCAGAACUGUACGGACGGAAAGUCGAACGACAGAUUAGCGAGUUCAAGCGCGCGCGUGUGUGUAAUAGAAAUAAUAAUAAUAUUAAUAAAAUAUUAACACAUAUUUAUAUUAUAUUAUAUUAUAUUAAUUUUAUCUUUGUCGUGUCUGUCGUUUAUUUUAUGAAUAUGUUUAAGUGUUAUUCAAUAAUAAUAUAUUUUUUUUAUCGUCAAUAAAGCCGAAAAAAAAAUCCGUUUAUCGAUCUUCGCGUUUUGGUGAUUUUCCUCUGGUAAUUUAUUCACACAUUAUUAGUUGUCACAAAACGGAAUAAUUCGGUUACAAAAUAAUUUAA